AACCCGGGACCACAGUACGGAAACGGCCCGGGGCUGAGCUGCACUUAGAUCCUGGGAUGGAGGGAGCCGCAGAAGAGGAGUGAGGAGGCCGGCAGGCAGGCCCCGCUGCCCUGCUGGAGGCCGGCGGCCUGUUGUGGCAGUGGAGGAGCCGGCAGUCCAGAAAGGGAAGGGGUCAGGAGGUCGGGCCCGGGCCUCCGCAGGCUCAGACGAGGCCCACGAAAGCAGCCCCAGGCGCCCUGGGGUUCAGGGCCGUGGCCUCGCCCGGUUGUCCAAAGAGGGUCAAGGCCAGGCCUCUAGUGGGGAAACUGAGUCAGACCCAGGCAUCAGGGCACGGCCCAGGCGCGCGUGUGAGCCAAGCUAAGGGCAGGAGACAGAGACGUUUGAGGGUCUCCGAGACUAAGGGGGGUAGGGGGCUUCAGAUCCUCCCAGUCCAGAGCUGGAUUGGCGAGUGAGACGCUUGUAGAUCCGAGGUUGGAUUGGGGAGGGGUCUCUGGGAGGUUGGCCAGCUAGGCAAGGAUUGGGGGUAUUUAAGUGCUUAGAGAUCGAAGGCAGGCCUGAGGAGGGGGGCUCAGGCAAUUGAAAAGCCUGGGUGGCUAUUUGGGGAGGGGUCUUCGUGCUCGGAGGAGGCUCAGCGCUGCUCCUGUCUGGCUCGGGGUCUGAGGCCUUCUCAAGAGAAGCUGCUGCGAAGGGUGGGCCGACUAGGCCAGGCAAGAGCAAGACAGUGAACGAAUCUGGACUAUAAGUGGGCGGGGGGCCCCUGAACAGGGGUUCACAAAGGGUGAGCCAUGGCCACCAGGCGUUUAACCGACGCUUUCUUGUUGUUGCGGAAUAAUUCCAUCCAAAACCGGCAGCUGUUAGCCGAGCAAGUGAGUAGUCACAUCACCUCCAGCCCUCUGCAUUCACGUAGCAAUGCUGCGGAGCUGGAUGAGCUCGCUGACGACCGUAUGGCCCUGGUGUCGGGCCUUAGCUUAGACCCAGAAGCAGCGAUCGGCGUCACAAAACGGUCACCUCCGAAAUGGGUGGAUGGAGUGGACGAAAUCCAGUACGACGUCAGCCGGAUCAGACAGAAGAUGAAGGAGCUGGCCAGCCUGCACGACCAGCACCUGAACAGACCCACCCUGGACGACAGCAGCGCGCAGGAGCACGCCAUCGAGAUCGCCACCCAGGAGGUCACGCAGCUGUUCCACAGGUGCCAGCGUGCAGUGCAGGCUCUGCCCAGCCGGGCGCGCCGGACCUGCUCGGAGCAGGAGGAGCGGCUGCUGCGCAACGUGGUGGCCUCGCUGGCGCAGGUGCUGCAGGAGCUCUCCAGCGGCUUCCGGCACGCGCAGGCCGGCUACCUGAAACGCAUGAAGAACCGAGAGGAGCGGUCCCAGCAUUUCUUCGACACGUCAGUACCGCUCAUGGACGAUGGCGAGGACCACACUCUCUAUGACCGGGGUUUCACAGACGAGCAGCUGGUGCUGGUGGAGCAGAACACGCUGAUGGUGGAGGAGAGGGAGCGGGAGAUCCGCCAGAUCGUGCAGUCGAUUUCUGACCUGAACGAGAUAUUCCGGGACUUGGGAGCCAUGAUUGUGGAGCAGGGCACAGUCCUCGACAGAAUCGAUUAUAACGUCGAACAGUCCUGUAUCAGAACUGAGGACGGCCUGAAGGAGCUUCACAAGGCAGAGCAGUAUCAAAAGAAGAAUCGGAAGAUGCUUGUGAUUUUAAUACUAUUUGUCCUCAUUAUCGUCCUCAUCGUCGUCCUCGUCGGCGUGAAGUCUCGCUGAGCGGCCGGGUCCGUGUGCCGCGCGGAUCGGGCGCUCGGGCCGAGCUGGGCAGCGCCGCCGCCCGUGGAGGGGGGCCGCCGGGCCGUCACAUGGACUCCUGGACGGCGCUCCAGCGGGGGGCGGCCUCGGCUUCCUGCUCUGGCGGCGAUGGGAGGACCUUGGCGCUGCCGCCGGCCGCCGAGGGAGCCCUGUCGCCCGCAGCCCGAGAAGAGGAGCGGGACGUGGGCGGCGCCACUCCGCGGCUGUGCGGUAUCGUUGUGUGUGCUGUCCGUCCGAGCUAAAGUAAUCUUGGGGGGAAAGAUGUUUGAAAACCAUGUGGUUUUUAAGGACUGGCACCAGAAGUUUACGGGUAGAGGCAAAAUGCCUCUUCGUCUUUCUCUGCUUGUUUCCCAGUUGAAAACAAACGGAGAAGUCCUCUACGAAUUUACAGCCCGACCCCCGUUACCUUAGGUUCGCUUUUCCAUCACUGUUAACGAUCAGAGUAACAAAGUGUGAAAAAUGAGAAGCCAUCAUCGAUGUUAAUUAACACAUUCAGACGGGCCGGUGAAAGCAGCUCCGUGAGUUUAAAUUAAUUGUGAAUGGAGCAGCCCUCGUGGGAAACGCCCGCGCCGCGCGGCCGCUGCAAGCCCCGAGGGCGGCCGGGCGCACUCGCCCGCGCCCAGGGCCGGCGCGGGGACCGGCCUCCCGCGGCGAGGGAGCGGGGCGGGGCCGGAACGUCGCCAGCGCCGGCGUGCGCGUCCCCAGCCGUCCUCGCUCCGUCUGUCGCGCGCACGCUGCCCACCUAACGACCGGUUCAGACCGGCCGCCGCUGAGCGGGCUGUGAGUUCACACAGCGGCCACUCCAGAGGGGCCCCGCUUCGGGGCUCAGUCAUUAACCCCGCGUCACGCCAGUUCAAAGUCGGGUGCUCCCCGGGGGGUGUGCGUCACGGGCUCCCCCGUUGCCGCUGCCCAUGCCCGGAGGGGAGGCGUCUUCCUGCCGCCGCCAGAGCGGCGAGGCUCCCGAGCGCGUCUGUGCCCUGUGCCCGUGGCCGCCGGGCUGCUCCGGUGCCUCCUGGAAUUGCGCGCGCGCGGGGGCGCGCGGGGGCGCGCGGGGGCGGGGGCGACUUGGGCAAGGGAAGCCGUUCGUGUGCUGUGUGCCCUUGUCUCUCUCUUGACGGCUUCUCCGUGGUGUUCACCUCUGCGUGUUACCUUUCAUCCGGACCAGUCCCCCACAAUGCUGCUCUGGAAUUCGACUUGGGAGUCGUUUCUGGGAAUUUAAACUUGACUCAAGUGGCCCCAGCCCUCCCUUUCCAAGUUGGUGCCGGCACCAGGGAGCCCCCGGUCUCACGACCGAUGUGGCCGUCCGUAGGGUGACCGCAGGUGCCCCUGGCAUGGUAGGAAGUGGCGUCACGUUGCCGGCGCACAGUUGUGGGGAAGAGAAGUCAGGGACCGGGAAGCCAGCCUCGCCGCGGUCGUCCUCGGGCCGCGGGGCUUCCGCGGGUGCUGGGAGGGGCUGCGGGCGCCCUCGCUCGUCCCGGCCGGCCCGACCCCGGCGGCGGGGGCCGGCGUCCCUGCCGCUGCUGGGCCGGGACUGCCGGGACCCAGGGCCUUCCUCCCGGACGGCCUGUGACACUGACACUGGACCGCUUCUACAAGUGCUGUCCUCACGACCCUUGAGGGACAGUGGCCCUUUAAGAAAGGACCCCUAUUUAUUCGUAUUUAUUUUCAGUGACUAAGGCGACUAGGGUUGGUUUUUUUCCCCCAGCCCAUAGGGAUAGAUCACGGAUCUGAAGUGGCUUUAAGGCUCUCGCUGCGGUGGGUGGACCGUCCAUCCUGACGGAAACCAGGGCGGCGCCAGCCAAAGCCCCGGAGCCUGCGUGCCGGCCCGCUGGGCUCCUGCAGACACGGGAGUUCCCUGCCGAGCCUUUACCGGGGGCACAUCGGCACUGGGGACAGCGAGGGUGACGCGGUCAUGGUGUCCUGGAACCGCAGGGCCACUCCGUCCCCACAAAGGGGACGGCUCCUGGCCCUGCCGCAGCUGCUGUCCGCGGGAAGGCCCUGGCCGGAGUGGUGGCUCUGUCAGGCUCCCCCGGCCCCCCGGGCUUCGCCCAGAGACAAGGGGCAGCGGGGGCCCUGCCGCUCCGAGUCCCUGGCCUGUCCGCCUGGUGAGAGGGGACCUGGACGGGUGCAUGUCCUCAGGUCCCCAGAGCCCCUGCCCUCCCCCAGAUCGUGGCUGGGGCCCACCGUCUCCGGUUUUACUCAUGGGGUGGGGCCGGGGGUGGCCUUGCCAUGGGCGCGGAGCCUGGUCGGUGUCCAGUGGAUUGGCCACGCUCUGCUCGCUGGGCGCUUCGUUUGCGUGCUUCAGUGUCCUGUCCCGGCUAGUGGCUUCGUGACGGCAGCGGAACCCUCCCAGCCGAGUCGGUCAGAGAAGACGUUUUCCUGGCGUGCUUAAAUAAGGCAAUUAGUGAAGCGCUUCUGUCCAACACGCCUGUUUUGUCCUUUUUCAAAACUGAUUUCCUGUUACUGGAAACUUUUGUACAAUAAAGCAGCGGUGGAGAUGGAACAGCA